CCAAUCCAGCUUAGGAUCCAGCGAAAUCCAAGGAACAUGGCGGCGCCCGGUACACGAAAGAAAGUUAUCCAAAAAGAUGACUUAAAACGGUUAAUGAGAGAGCGAAAGGAGGCAUUAAGUCAGUCAACGAAGAAGAUAACAUCACCGUACGCAAGGUACAACAGUUUAGGUCAGCUGACUUGUUCGGUAUGUGUCGUCCACGUCAAGAGUGAGACCCUGUGGGCAGCUCACGUCCUCGGGAAAGCGCACAAGCAGAAUGUAGAGGACCUGAAAGAAAGCGCUGCCAAUCGUCUACAGGCUGACAGUGUACCCGGAAAGCGCCAAAACGAUGCCUCAGGUGACACCCAAGACGACAAGAACCGGACCCAGCCCGGCAGCUCCAGCCCGCCUCACAAAAAGGCAAAGGGGCCUCUCCUUAUGGCUGAUUACUCGUCAGAUGAGGAUAUGGACGUUGGCGAGUCCACAGUGAAUUCGAAGCACACAGAAUCUGCGCUACCAAAAGACUUUUUUGAUAAACCCUCCGUUAGUCAGCCGAAAGAAACUACGCCAAGUCAGCCUCCGCAGCCAAAGCCGCAGACAUCGUCUAAGAAGGCAGCUGCAGAAGCCUUGCCAGAGGGCUUCUUUGAUGACCCCAUCUUGGAUGCAAAGGCAAGGAACGUGGAAUACAAAGACCCAAUUGAAGAGGAGUGGGAGAAAUUUAAGAAGGAAAUUGCGGAGGAAACAACGGUGUCCGAAGCUAUCAUGGCCGAAGAUAUAGAGGAAAGCAAAGCAGAGCGUGACAUUGAAGAAAUAGACGAGCAAAUUCACAACUGGCAACGGGUUGAGCAUCUGCAGCAGAGGAAGGAAGAGCUCAUGAAAAAAGAAGUUACUGCAGAGGAAGACAAUCAAGACAACAAAAGCGAUUUGGAAGAUGAAGAGUACGAGGAGUUCCUCAGCUGGCGAGCAAAGGGCGUAUGGAAAGAAUGAUUGCAUCUCAUUUUGUUUU